AUGUUACAGAAUGGAAACGAAAAGGAGAAACUGCCGCAAGCGCCGAAGGCUGAAGCGGAACCGGACUCUCCGACUGGAGACCCGAAACAGCAGCAGCCGCAGGAGCCGCAGGAGCCGCAGGAGCUGCCCGCUCCUCCCGCUGCCGACGGGGAGUCCACACAGUUCCCCCUGCCCGUUUAUCCCAAACUGGAGAUAAAGCGCAACGCGGUGACGGACGAUUAUAAGAUCUCCAGUCAGGUUCUGGGCUUAGGGAUCAAUGGCAAAGUGCUCCAGUGCUUCAACAAGAAGACUGGAGAGAAGUGCGCACUGAAGAUUCUCUACGACAGCCCCAAAGCGAGACGAGAGGUAGAGCUCCACUGGCGAGUAUCAGGAGGACCAUAUAUCGUUCCAAUCCUCAGCCUGUACGAGAACAUGCAUCAUGGGAAGAAGUGCCUGCUCAUCAUCAUGGAGUGUAUGGAGGGAGGAGAGUUGUUCAGCCGAAUCCAGGCCCGAGGUGACCAGGCCUUCACUGAGAAAGAGGCUUCUGAGAUUAUGAGGGACAUCGGCACGGCCAUUGACUUCCUCCACAACAUCAACAUCGCGCACAGAGACAUCAAGCCAGAGAACCUGCUGUAUACCACUAAAGAAAGAAAUGGGGUCCUCAAAUUAACAGACUUUGGCUUUGCUAAGGAGACUACGCUACACAACCCUCUACAGACCCCCUGUUAUACGCCGUACUACGUGGCUCCUGAGGUUUUGGGCCCGGAGAAGUAUGACAAGUCAUGUGACAUGUGGUCUCUGGGCGUCAUCAUGUACAUCCUGCUGUGUGGCUUCCCUCCAUUUUACUCCAAUACAGGCCAGGCCAUUUCUCCGGGGAUGAAGAGGAGGAUCAGGAUGGGCCAGUACGAAUUCCCCAACCCAGAGUGGUCGGAGGUGUCACAGGAAGCAAAAGAUUUAAUCUAUCAGCUACUGAAGACGGACCCCAACGAGAGGAUGACCAUCACUCAGUUUAUGAACCACCCGUGGAUUAAUCAGUCCAUGAUGGUUCCUUCCACUCCGCUCCACACCACCCGGGUUCUGACUGAAGACAGAGAGAUGUGGGAGGAUGUGAAGGAAGAGAUGACCAGCGCUUUAGCCACCAUGCGUGUGGACUACGACCAGGUGAAGAUCAAAGAUCUCGACACCUCCAGCAACCCACUACUCAACAAGAGACGCAAGAAGGCCGCAGCAGGGGCCAAGACUGGGUCCACCGUCUGCCAAAGUCAGUGAGACACGGAGGAUUGUUGGUGGAAAUCCGGGGAGAACAGCCAGUGAUGAAGAAAAGCAGCUCAGAAGAGGGAAGAAACAUCAAUUGGUGCAGGAGAGGAUCAUUCAGAGAUCUGCUCAGGACUCAAGAGACUGGAUGUUGGAGAAAUGUUCUCUGGAGUAAAGGGACAACAUAGGAACAACAGCAAAGUCCGACCUGGACAUUCAUAAGACAUAUCAAGUCGUAAUAUCACCUGUCAGUGGUAGAAAUCAACAGCUCUGUUCACUGUGGGCCUAAUCUGUUUUUAAUGAAUAUAAUGAAUGUAUGUAAUUUUUAGAUCUUGCCUGUUUGUAGGAGUGUCUGUGUGUACACAUGAAGUAUUUGUAGUGGUUUGUGUAUUUGAAAGCUGGAUUGCCUAUUUGAGGUAUCCUUUGGAACUUUGCACUAGUGUGCAUAUCACACACACAGACAGACAAACGAACUGUGGACAGACUGUGAAACUAGAGCACUCACUACCUGCAUUGUCUUAAUAUUGUCUGUCUUUUGCUUUCAGGAGUUAAAGCAAAGCCUGACACUGACUGUCUUGUCAAUAAAAUGUAGCCUCCAUAAUAACUUACAGUUCCAUCAAAGGGAGUAUUUUUUAUUGAAGCAACAAUAAAACGGCCUCACACGUACGGCCGAGCAGUACAUUUAACUCAGUGUUAUGGCUGCAGAUCCACAUUGUGUCCUCAUAAUGUCAGUGCGAGGCCACAGAGCUUUAUGUAAGCAGUCGUGGUGUAAUGGUUGGUUGUGUUACAUGGAUGAGUUGUGACACUUUUCUUGAGAAAAAAACUGUGUGUGUGUGUGUGUUUAGGCAUUGAGUAAAACGCUUCCAGUAAAUAGGGUCUGCAGUUUCACUUCAUAUUAAAACAUGAGCAAGACAGUGCAGCCUUUAAGUGAACCUCAUCUGUAUCGACUCCGUGUGAGAUUGCAUUUGUCCAUUUGGUUGUAAAUAAAACUUUAUAAAGUAAA